AUGGCCAUCGAAAUCUCACGGCCCGACAGCUGCAUAUUUGCUUGCUACAUCAUAUCCAUUACAAAGACGACGACACCGCUCGACCCCAACUUUUUCAAUUUGCAGUAUCUCGUUGCAUUUCCAAUUCUUCGAUUUUCCGUGGCCAUGUCCACCACAGCCGGCGCUUUCAUCGCCGGCGGCAUAGCGGCCUGCGGCGCCGUGACGGCCACGCACCCGUUUGAGACGGUCAAGAUCCGGAUGCAGUUGCAGGGCGAGCUGCAGACCAAGGGCCGGCAGCCGCACCACUACCGGGGGCCGCUGCACGGCGUCGGCGUUAUCGUGCGCAACGAAGGCGUUGGUGGUCUCUACCGCGGUAUUGGCUGCGCCUACGUGUACCAGAUCCUGCUCAACGGCUGCCGCCUCGGCUUCUACGACCCCAUGCGCCAGGCGCUCGCCUCGCUGUUCCUGCGCGACGGCAACGCCCAGAACCUCGGCGUCAAUAUGUUUUGCGGUGCCGCGUCGGGCGUCAUCGGCGCCGCCGCCGGCUCGCCCUUCUUCCUCGUCAAGACGCGUCUGCAGAGCUUCUCGCCGUUUCUACCCGUCGGUACCCAGCACACGUACAAGAACGCGUUCGACGGCAUGGCGCAAAUUUAUCGCGCCGAGGGCCUACGCGGCCUGUACAGGGGUGUCGGCGCGGCCAUGAUCCGCACGGGCUUUGGCAGCUCCGUCCAGCUGCCGACGUACUUCUUCGCCAAGAGGCGGCUGAUGCGGCACGCCGGCAUGGAGGAGGGCCCGGCGCUGCAUCUGGCGAGCAGCGCCGUCAGCGGAUUUGUCGUGUGCUGCUUCAUGCAUCCUCCUGACACCAUCAUGUCGCGCCUGUACAACCAAAACGGCAACCUGUACAAGGGCGUCCUCGACUGCCUGGGCAAGACGAUCCGCACCGAGGGCGUUUUUGCCAUAUACAAGGGCUUCCUGCCGCACCUGGCCCGUAUCCUGCCGCACACGAUCCUGACGCUGUCCCUGGCCGAGCAGACCAACAAGCUGAUGCGCAAGGUCGAGGGCCGCAUCCUGCCCAUGCUGGAAAAGGACACGAACCGCUUAUAA